AUGUCUCGGUUCACGGAUAUGAAGGAGUUUGGAGAAUCUGGUCGCUACCUUCGUCUCACCAACUUGGAGCAGCUGGCUGCCAAGGCCCAGGCUUUCGACGGUACGAAGCGUGUCUGGAUGCCUGAUGAGGUUGAAGCGUACAUCGAAGUGGAGGUUAAAGAGGUGAAUGGAGACAAGGCCACCGUGGAGACCAAGGACGGACGGUUUCUGAUAGUAAAGGAGGCCGACCUCCAGCCAAUGAACCCUCCGAAGUUUGACAUGAUGGAGGACAUGGCCAUGCUGACUCACCUAAACGAAGCGUCUGUCCUCUUCAACCUGAGGAGGCGAUACAGCAUGUGGAUGAUCUAUACCUACUCUGGUCUGUUCUGUGUGACAGUCAACCCUUACAAAUGGCUGCCGGUCUACUCUGCUGAGGUGGUAACAGCCUAUAAAGGGAGGCGUCGCGCAGACACGCCACCCCACAUCUACGCCAUCGCCGACAACGCCUACAGUGACCUGCUGCAGAAUCGUGAGAACCAGUCGAUGCUGAUCACUGGCGAGUCAGGCGCAGGGAAAACAGUCAACACCAAGAGGGUGAUCCAGUACUUUGCCAUCGUCGCUGCUCUGGGGGAACACGUGAAAAAAGGCGGGUCUUUAGAGGACCAGAUCAUUGAAGCUAACCCGGCCAUGGAGGCGUUCGGCAACGCCAAAACCAUCCGCAACGACAACUCCUCUCGCUUUGGAAAGUUCAUCAGAAUUCAUUUUGGGCCAACGGGGAAGCUGGCGUCUGCUGACAUCGGCAUCUAUCUUCUAGAAAAGUCCAGAGUUGUGUUCCAGCAGCCAGGAGAGAGAAGCUACCACAUCUACUACCAGAUCCUGUCCAAUCACAAGCCGGAACUACAAGACAUGCUGUUGUUGACCACCAACCCCUACGACUACCACUUCUGCUCUCAGGGAGAGACCAAAGUGGAAGGCAUCAACGACGGAGAGGAGCUGAUGCUGACGGACCACGCCAUGGACACGCUGGGCUUCACUCCAGAGGAGAAGUACGGCUGCUAUAAGAUCGUUGGAGCCAUCAUGCACUUUGGUAACAUGAAGUUCAAGAAGAAGCAGAGGGAGGAGCAGGCCGAGGCCGACGGCACCGAGAGUGUGGAUAAAGCAGCCUAUCUGAUGGGCAUCAACUCUGCUGACCUGCUGAAAGGCCUGCUGAACCCCCGCGUCAAAGUCGGAAACGAGUUCAUCGUUAAAGGACAGACUGUUGAACAGGUCAACUAUGCAGUGGCAGCUCUGGCCAAAGCCACCUAUGACCGGAUGUUUAACUGGCUGGUGAGUCGGAUCAACUCCUCCUUAUACACCUCUCUGCCUCGUCAGUACUUCAUCGGAGUCCUCGACAUCGCCGGCUUCGAGAUCUUUGAGUUCAAUAACUUUGAGCAGCUGUGCAUCAACUUCACCAACGAGAAGCUGCAGCAGUAUUUCAACCACCACAUGUUCAUCCUGGAGCAGGAGGAGUACAAGACUGAGGGGAUAGAGUGGACCUUCAUAGACUUCGGUUUGGACUUACAGGCCUGCAUAGACCUCAUAGAGAGGCCUAUGGGUAUUCUGUCCAUCAUGGAGGAGGAGUGUAUGUUCCCCAAGGCCACGGAGCACAGCUUUAAAACCAAACUCUACGACAACCAUCUGGGGAAGUCGCCCAACUUCCAGCGGCCGCGGCCGGACAAGAAGCGCAAAUAUGAGACGCACUUUGAGGUGGUUCACUAUGCUGGAGUGGUGCCGUACAAUAUCACAGGCUGGCUGGAUAAGAACAGAGAUCCUCUGAAUGAGACGGUGGUGGUUCUGUUCCAGAAAUCCUCCCACAAACUAAUGGCUGGACUGUUCGAGAACUACACCAGUUCUGAGAUGGCGGGUGAUCCCAAGGCUGAGACCAAACACAGGAAGAGGAGAGGAGCUUCCUUCCAGACAGUUUCACAGUUACACAAGGAGAAUCUCAACAAGCUGAUGGCUAACCUCCGCAGCACUCAGCCCCACUUCGUCCGCUGCAUCAUCCCCAACGAGUCCAAGAACCCAGGUGUGAUGGAUCCCUUCCUGGUCCUCCACCAGCUGAGGUGUAACGGGGUCCUCGAGGGGAUCAGGAUUUGCAGGAAGGGCUUUCCAAACCGCAUCGUGUACGCAGAGUUCAAACAGCGGUAUCGCAUCUUGAAUCCUUCUGCGAUUCCAGAGGACUCGUUUAUGGACAGCAGGAAGGCUGUGGAGAAACUGCUGGGCUCUCUGGACAUAGACCCCACCCAGUAUAAGUUCGGACACUCUAAGGUGUUUUUUAAGGCAGGUCUGUUGGGUCAGUUGGAGGACAUGAGGGACGCCCGUCUGUCUCAGAUCCUCACCAUCGUUCAGGCCAUGGCCAGAGGGAAGCUGAUGAGGAUGGAGCGACAAAAGAUGAUGCUGCAAAGGGACGCUGUACUGGUGAUUCAGUUCAACCUCAGGGCGUUCUUCUCUGUGAGGACGUGGCCGUGGAUGAUGCUGUUCUAUAAGCUCCGCCCCCUGCUCAAGAGCGCCCAGGUGGAGAAAGAGCUGGCUGCUCUUAAUGACAAAUUCAACAAACUAAAAGAGGCCUUUGACAGGUCAGAGGUAAAGCGGCGGGAUGCAGAGGAGCGGCAGGUGGUUUUGGUUCAGGAGAAAAACGACCUGGCUCUGCAACUCCAAGCUGAGCAGGAUAACCUGAUGGAUGCAGAGGACCGCUGCAACCAGCUGAUUCAGUCCAAAAUCUCCCAGGAGUCGAAGCUGAAGGAGAUGCAGGAACGUCUGGAGGAUGAGGAGGAGGUGAGCGCCACGCUGACGUCCAAGAAACGUCAGCUGGAGGACGAGGUGGCGUCGCUGAAGAAAGACGUCGACGACUUGGAGAUGACCCUGGCUAAAGUGGAGAGAGAGAGACAUGGAGUGGAGAACAAGAUGAAGAACCUGUCCCAUGAGAUGUGUGUUCUGGAUGAAACCAUAUCGUCUCUGAGCAGAGAGAAAGCCGCCCUGCAGGAAGCUCACCAGCAGGUUCUGAAUGACCUUCAGGCACACGAGGACAAGGUCAACAUGCUGGCCAAAGCGAAAGCUCGGCUGGAGCAGCAAGUGGACAAUGUGGAAAGUUCCUUGGAGCUGGAGAAGAAGGUGCGCAUAGAUCUGGAACGAACCAAAAGGAAGCUGGAGGCAGAUCUGAAGCUGUCCAUGGACUCUGUGAGGGACCUGGAGAACCAGAAGGAAGAGCUGGAAGAGAGACUGAAGAAAAAAGACUUUGAGUUGGGUCAGCUUCAAUCAAAAAUGGAGGAUGAACAGAGUUUGGCUGCUCAGCUUCAGAAGAAGAUGAAAGAGCUUCAGACUCGAAUUGAGGAGCUGGAGGAGGCGCUGGAGGCGGAGCGGGCGUGGCGUUCCAAAGCUGAGCGUCAGAGGAACGACAUCGCCAGGGAGCUGGAGGAGCUUGGAGAAAAACUGGAAGAGGCUGGAGGAGCAUCGGCCGCUCAGAUCGCUCUCAACAGGAAGAGGGAGGCAGACUUCCUGAAGAUGCGACGGGAGCUGGAGGAGGCGGGGCUUCACCACGAGGCGACGGCCGCCACUCUGAGGAAGAAGCACUCGGACAUGGUGGCAGAGCUCAGCGAGCAGAUAGACGCUCUGCAGAGAACCAAACAGAAACUUGAGAAGGAGAAGGCCGAGUUCAGGCUGGAGGCCGACGACCUGGCUACUAAUGUGGAGCAACUAUCCAGGUCCAAGGGAGCUGUGGAGAAGAUGUGCAGGGUUUUGGAGGACCAGCUGAAUGAAAGCAGGAGCAGAGCAGAGGAGCUGCAGAGACAGCUGACCGAAGUUUCUUCUCAGAAAGCACGAGCGGUCACAGAGACUGCCGAGUACAGCCGUCGUCUGGAGGAGCGAGAUGCUAUGAUUGGUCAACUCCAGCGCUCCAAGGCCGGGGUUUGCCAAAACUCUGAGGGUCUGAAGAGGCAGCUGGAGGAGGAGAGCAAAACUCGUGUGGCGCUGGCUCACGCUUUGCAGGCGUCCCGUCAUGACUGCAGUCUGCUGACAGAGCAGCUGGAAGCUGAGCAGGAGGCCAAGGCUGAACUGCAGAGGGAGCUGUCUAAAGCCAACAGCCAGGUGGUUCAGUGGAGAGCCAAGUACGAGACCGACGCUGUGCUGAGAAUAGAGGAGCUGGAAGACGCAAAGAAGAAGUUAGUCGUCAAACUGCAGACUGUCGAGGAAACGGUGGAGAUGUCUCAAGCUAAAUGUUCCUCCCUGGAGAAAACCAAACAGGGUCUCCAGACAGAGAUUGAAGACCUGAUGAUUGAACUGGAGCGUUCCAACACUGCUGCUCUGGCUCUCGACAAGAAGCAACGCAACUUUGAAAAGUUGUUGAGUGACUGGAAGCUGAAGUUUGAGGAGAGUCAGAUGGAACUGGAGGCGUCGCAGAGAGAGUCCCGCAGUCUGAGCACCGAGCUCUUCAAACUGAAGAACUGCUAUGAAGAAGCUCUCGACCACCUGGAGACAGUUAAACGAGAAAACAGGAACCUGCAAGACGAGAUACUGGACCUGACCGAUCAGAUCAGCCAAGGAGGGAAGACCAUCAAUGAGCUGGAGAGAAUGAAGAAGCUCCUCGAUGUGGAGAAGAGUGACAUCAGGGCAGCCCUGGAGGAAGCAGAGGGUACUCUGGAGCACGAGGAGAGUAAGACCUUGAGAUUUCAGAUGGAGCUGCAGCAGAUAAGGUCCGAGAUCGAGCGCAAGAUUUCAGAGAAAGAUGAAGAGAUCGACAACCUCAGGCGGAGCCACCAGCUCUCUCUGGAGACCAUGCAGGCCACCUUGGAGGCGGAGGUUCGUAGUCGCAGUGAGGCGGUUCGUCUGAGGAAGAAGAUGGAGUCUGACCUGAACGAGAUGGAGGUUCAGCUGGGACAGGCUACCAGACAGGCAGCCGAGAGCCAGAGGAUGAUCAGACACCUACAGACACAGGUUAAAGAACAACAGGUGGACCUGGAAGAUAAAGUCCAGCUGACCAAUCAGCUCCGGGAACAGAUUGUCCUGUUGGAGCGGCGUUGUACGCUGAUGACGGCUGAGGAGGAGGAGCUGCGAGGGAUCCUGGAGCAGACGGACCGCGUUCGCAGGACGGCCGAACAGGAGCUGGUGGAGGUCACAGAGAGAGCUCACCUGCUCGCCUCGCAGAACGCAGGUCUGGUGAACCAGAAGAGGAAGCUGGAGGCCGAUCUGUCUCUGCUGACAGGAGAGGUGGACGAGGCGAUGCAGGAGAGUCGCAGUGCUGAGGAGAAAGCCAAGAAGGCCAUCACUGAUGCGGCUCUGAUGGCGGAGGAGCUGAAGAAGGAGCAGGACAGCAGCAGCAUGUUGGAGAGGAUGAAGAGGAACGUGGAGUCAACGGCGAAGGAGCUGCAGGUCAAACUGGAUGAGACGGAGCAGAUGGCGCUGAAGGGGGGAAAGAAACAGCUCCAUAAACUGGAGACAAGAGUGAGGGAGCUGCAGACGGAGCUGAUGGUGGAGCAGAAGAGGAGCGAGGAAUACCAGAAAGGAGUCCGUCGCUACGAGAGGAGAAUCAAAGAGCUGACGUACCAGACGGAGGAGGACAGGAAGACUCUGCUGAGGAUGCAGGAGCUGGUCGAUAAGCUUCAGACCAAAGUCAAGAGCUACAAGAGACAAGCCGAGAACGCAGAGGAGCAGGUGAGCUGCAGCACGGUGCGUUUCAGGAAAGUCCAACACGAGCUGGACGCCGCCGAGGAGAGAGCCGACGUGGCCGAGACGACCGUGAACAAGCUGCGGAUUCGGACCCGCGAUCAGACCAACAAGGUCGUCAUGAUCGCUGAAUGAAGCUCUGCUGCCUCUUCAAACACCACCAGUGUGUUUCUGGUGUUUGAUUUGCUGUGUGUUUCUGUCUGAUGUGUUUGUACUGAAUACUCCAGGACCUUCUAUUGUAUGUAACCAUGUCAGUAUGUUUCUGGAUUUCUCCACUGUAAAGCAUUGCGAACCGGUUUGUACAGGAAGUGUUGAGGGUGCUGAGUACGUACGGGAGCUGGGAUCGGGAGCUGGGAUUGGCAGCAGCAGUCGAGCUGAGGCAGGUCCAGUAUACGGGUUAGCAGUCCUGAACUGCUUUUAGUUUGUCACGCCGUCCUCAGUGAGUUUGUAAUAUUAUUUACUGAGGUUAUAAAGCUUUCAGUUUGAUCACUGGUAGCAUAGAAAAGCUGAGACAGUUGGAGCUGGCAAGAGUAUUUCCUGGAAGCUGCCUCCAUUUUCAUUUGUGAGGAGUGAAAACUUUCCUGGUUGCAGACAGUUGAGGACAAAUUGAGACUAAGUAAUAAGUAAUUCAAGACUAGUGGCUAGAGGUUACAUACAGCGCAUUAUAUUAAACCUGCAUUAAAGCUGCAGUAUGCAAAACCUUCGGCAUCUGUCUCUGUUGCGUCGUAUCACACCGCAAAGCCCCUCCCACCAAACCCACAAGUUGAACGGCAGCAGAAGUAACCCUGCAAAACCUCAUCCCUCGUAGGGCUGGCUCUCCAUGGCGUGAGUCUCGCCAAGGCCCUGGCCCCUCUCGCCUUGACUCGUCUUCUCACAGAUUUGUAGGACAGCCAACAGCCCUCAACAUGAUUGGCCAGAGUUCCCCGUCACGAGCUACAUUUUCUAAAAGCUGAAAAAACAGCCAAGAGGAGGUGCAGAAAUCUAGUUUUCUCUCAGACCACUUGAAUUACAAUAUGCUGACUCUGCAGCUCUCUGCUGCCUUUAGCUUCUUUUAGCUCAUAGCUUUGGCGCAUUCACUGUCUGGUUUAGUCCUUUAGGCUCUCGCCAUAUAAAACUGUAGGCAACCACCUUCUCAGCAGCAAAUAGCGGAUGGACACAGUUAGAGACCAGCUGGUUAACAUACUGGAGCAUUUAGCAGCUAGAUCUUUCCCCAGGAGCUGGUGGAGACCAAAACCAGAGCUAAAUGAUCCUGCUGCUCUGUGUCUGCUGGAUAGGUAGGUGGGUUUAUUGUCACAAUAUAACAG